AUGGAUCGAGAUCGGGGGCACGAUCCCGUCGCCGAUCACGCCACCCGUCCCCCGCGACUCGAUGCCGUCGCCCAUCGCCCCCGGCGCAGCCUGGAGGACCACAUCGCCGGAGCCCUGCGCCGCCACGACUCCGUCGACGCACGUCGUCCCCAUCCUCCUCCUCGCCAGACCACCUCCCCGGAGCACCACCGCCUCAACCUCGCCCGUCCUCGUCCUCCUCCCCGAGCCUGCAUACGCACAUCUGCAGGGCCCAGUGAGCCGCCGUCCUUCCCCCUUUUUCCUCUUUGCCCAGCGCGGUUCGCCGCGCACGUGACACGCCCGCGCGCCCGACUCCGCGCCCACCCGACCCUGACCGCCUCCCUCGUGCGCUACCCCGUCCACCACGGCCUCGCUCGGCACGCCGUCUCCCUCCUGCCCUUGCCUCGCCGGCACCCCCGCGGGCCCCUCUACUCGUGCCUAGCCGCCACGCUCGGCGCCCUGCUGCGCCGAAGGUCGCACCCGCAGCCACGCGUACCAUGCCGUCGUCACACUCCGCGCCUCGCCUCUGUUGGUCCGUCGCCGCGCCACCGCGCUAGACCGCACCUGCCCGCGCCCUUCGCCCCGAUCCACCGUGCCGUUGCCGCGCGCCGCCUGCCCCCCUACUUGCCGCUUCGCUGCUCGUCUGCUCCAGCGCGCCCGCAGACCCUGCCACUCCCCUCCUCCUCUGCCACCGGCCCCGCGCUGCUCCACCACCGCAGCGCCCCGCUGCUCCUCCGCCGCCCGGUGCCCGCUGCCGGUGCUCGCUCCCGCAUCGGCGCCCGUUCGGGCUGGGCGCCAGCGCCACUACGCCCGCACGCCCUAACCCGCUAG